AUGACAGUCUCAUACAAAGAGAUCGCGACUGCGAAACCAUUCCGAUUUCUCAUAGGCGAUGCCGCUGUCGAAUUCUUCGUUCAUCCCGCGAUUGUCACCCAGCAGUCGAAGUCCUUGGAGACACUUAUCCAUGGCAAAAUGAAAGAAGCUCGCGAUGGAUUCGCCUGUAUCGAAGAAGUCGAUGUGGAUACCUUUGCUCGCUUUGUAGAGUACUGCUACACUGGAGACUAUCCGGCUGCUGAGCAUGUGGUCGUGCUAGACGCUUCUUCGAUACAGCAUGAAGACGGUAAAGUCGAGCAUGAAGUUGGUGAAGUCGAGCAUGAAGUUUGUGAAGUCGUCCAAAACUUCUGGGACCUAGACAUAGAAAGUUCCCGCUGGAAGGCAAAACGUGGAAAAGGAGUCAAGAAGAAUUUAAUAAUGGCACCACGCUCAAUGCGUCGCCAGGAAAUGUUGAAGGCGUUUAAGGAGCUAUCCUGGAACACUCCAGCCCAAGAACCAAAACCACCCCAAUAUGGCGCCCGAGUCAACAGAGAAGCCUGUGAGGACUACACCGACGUCUUCCUCUCCCACGCUCGCUUGUAUGUGUUUGCAGACACAUACGAUAUCGAAAGACUCCGUGUGCUGUCACUGCAAAAGCUACACCAAUCUCUCGUCAAUUUCACGCUAUUCGCGGAAAGAACUACAGAUAUUGCACUCCUGCUGCAGUAUGCCUACCAACAUACCCCAGAGCGUACAUAUACAAUGGAUGAUCUUCGCGAGCUCCUGAUGAGAUAUGUUUGUUGUCAUCUCGAGCAGAUCAAAAGCAAUAGUGUCUUUCAGGAGACGCUCAAGGCUGAAAAUAGUUCGUCUGUGGAUCUCAUCGAGAUGUUGUUGCCAAGCCUAGACUGAAGGACGAGAAGGCGAGGUCGGUGUGGGAAUCACUUGAUUCGUAGGUAGUCUUGCUGCUUCAAUCGAGAGAAAUGAGGAAGCCAACGCAGCUACGAGGAGGACCUUGCAGGCAUCGAUAGGACAUGGAAAAAAUUUAAUGUCUAGCCAAAACUGC